CAGCGGAGGGCACUCAGUGUAUCACAAACUCAAGCAUUAGCACCAACAAGCUCUGGGCAUCAUCAGUCUCUGGAAAGCCUUCUGAAUUAGACAAGGGCUGCCUCUCAGCACAGCUACAAAACACUUUAAACCUGACCAGCUAAAUGGAUAAACCUAGCCUGCAUAGCUUUUAAACUGGGGUCUUCUCACACAGCACAGGAGGCCUACUUGCUUCAAGAACUGCAAACCCAGAGGAUGAAUUGCUUUAUCUGGGAAUGGCAAAAGCCAGCACCAUAAGGAAUGCCAGGUACUCCGAAGAUUUUCUCUCUUUCUCCUCUCUUUUUCAGAGAAGUUGCUUCCCUUCCGAGAUGGGCUGUAGCUCUUUUGCACAGAUUGCCAAUUACUGCUGAUGGGUCUCUUGUGAAUUACACAAUGGUCCUCAGAGCCUAGAGUCCCUCCCCCACCCCCACCCCCACGCUCUCCUUCUCCCUGCCCCCCCAUCCCAUCCCAUGCUGAUUUUUUAUAUAUAUUUAUGAUAUAUGUACAUAUAUCCAUCCGUCUCGCCUGUCCUCUCCGGGGAAGUUUCUAUGGGCUACUAGCUCACAUGCGGGAUCAGAACGAUGUGAAUGACAGCCGCACUGUGUCAUGAAGGUGAUGGUGGUUUCAGCGCGAAAGACCAAAUAAGAAGAAAGCUGAGAGCGGGGAUAAACGUUUUUGGAUGACAAAGGAUGGGUUUCCGUUUAAUUACGCAGCUGAGAGGCAUGCGUGUGGAGCUAAUACUCCUUCCCACUUUGCUGCUUGCUAUGCUCACAGGGGCUCAGAGAGCUUGCCCGAAGAACUGCAGAUGUGAUGGCAAAAUUGUGUACUGUGAGUCCCACGCUUUUGCAGACAUCCCUGAGAACAUUUCUGGAGGGUCACAAGGCUUAUCACUAAGGUUCAACAGCAUUCAGAAACUCAAAUCCAAUCAGUUUGCUGGCCUAAACCAGCUUAUAUGGCUUUAUCUUGACCAUAAUUACAUUAACUCAGUGGAUGAAGAUGCAUUUCAAGGGAUCCGUAGACUGAAAGAAUUAAUUCUGAGUUCCAACAAAAUUACCUAUCUGCACAAUAAAACAUUUCAUCCUGUUCCCAAUCUUCGCAACCUGGACCUCUCCUACAAUAAACUCCAGACAUUGCAAUCGGAACAAUUUAAGGGCCUUCGGAAACUCAUUAUUUUGCACUUGAGAUCUAAUUCAUUAAAGACGGUGCCAAUUAGAGUUUUUCAAGACUGUCGAAAUCUUGACUUUCUGGAUUUGGGUUACAAUCGUCUGAGAAGCUUGUCCCGAAAUGCUUUUGCUGGCCUCUUGAAGUUGAAGGAACUCCACCUGGAGCACAAUCAGUUUUCCAAGAUCAAUUUUGCUCACUUUCCACGUCUCUUCAACCUCCGUUCAAUUUACUUGCAGUGGAACAGGAUUCGCUCCAUUAGCCAAGGCUUGACAUGGACCUGGAGUUCCUUACACAACUUGGAUUUAUCAGGGAAUGACAUUCAAGGAAUUGAGCCGGGCACAUUUAAAUGUCUGCCCAAUUUGCAAAAACUGAAUUUGGAUUCCAACAAGCUCACCAAUAUCUCACAAGAAACUGUCAAUGCAUGGAUAUCUCUAAUAUCCAUCACCUUGUCUGGAAAUAUGUGGGACUGUAGUCGAAGCAUUUGCCCUCUUUUUCAUUGGCUUAAGAAUUUUAAAGGAAAUAAGGAAAGCACCAUGAUAUGUGCAGGACCUAAGCAUAUGCAGGGGGAAAAAGUUAGUGAUGCUGUGGAAACCUAUAAUAUUUGCUCGGAAGUUCAGGUGACCAACACAGAAAGAUCACACUUGGUGCCCCAAACUCCCCAGAAGCCUCUGGUUAUCUUUAAACCAACCAUCUCCAAACUCGACCCCAUUCAGCCCACCCUGGAAAUACCAAGUCCUUCCCCCGGGUUUCAGAUUCCCGGUGCAGAGCAAGAAUAUGAGCAUGUUUCCUUUCACAAGAUUAUUGCAGGGAGUGUGGCCCUCUUUCUGUCGGUGGCCAUGAUCCUCUUGGUGAUCUAUGUGUCUUGGAAACGCUACCCGGCCAGCAUGAAACAACUUCAGCAACACUCCCUUAUGAAAAGGCGGCGGAAAAAGGCCAGAGAGUCUGAAAGACAGAUGAAUUCGCCUUUACAGGAGUACUAUGUGGACUACAAGCCUACUAACUCUGAGACCAUGGAUAUAUCCGUUAAUGGAUCUGGGCCCUGCACAUACACCGUCUCUGGCUCCAGGGAAUGUGAGGUAUGAACCAUGAUCCUCCUAAAAGCAUUUCUACUUCGGGGAAGGAGAGGUAAAUGUUUGAAGCUCUAGAGGUGUCCCUAAUCACUAGAAAGAUUAAUGACCCUUUUGCUUUCCUUUUUUGCUUGGUGUGAAAGGUUACUUAAUUAAAUUACAACCACCAGGAAAUUGACUGCUUUUUAUUUUUUUUCCCCUUUAAAUGGUUGAAACUUGAAGGAAGUUCAUUCAAGGAUGAGAUUAAGUUGGAAUAAAGCACUAUGUUAAAACAUCUUUUUUUUAUCUUUUACAGUUUGUGUAUAGGGGUUGGACUUAUAAACAUACAUACGUACAACUUUUCAUUCUGAACUUUUGUCUGGUUCAUGGUGUGUGAUUUUGUAAUGGAGUAAAGAAAGAAUGGGAGGGGGGGGUAGAGACUUAAUUUAAAAAUUAAGUGAUUUUACCAAAAUUUCAGGACAUAAUGAAUAUUAAACCAAAGAGCAAUUUACCCGAGGGUUGAUUUUGCUGUAAAUUUUAGUUUUAAUUAAAGCAUGCAACAGGGAUCUCACAGUGUUUGGGUGUUAUUUGUCAUUAGUUAUUAUACCAGCAAAGAGAAUGUCAGAGGCCUACUGUGUAAUUGCAUUAGGCUUUUAAAGAUGUCCCUCCCCCCUCUCUCCCUUCCUCCUCCCUUCUCUUUCUCCCUCCCUCCCUCCCUCCUUCCUCCCUUCCCUCCUUCCUCCCUUCACUCCUUCCCUCCUUCCCUCCUUUCCUCCUUCCUUCCUUCAUUCCUUCCCUCCUUCCUUCCUUCCCUCCUCCUUCCUUCCUUCCCUUCCUCCCCCUCCCUCUCUCCUUCCCUUCCCUUCCCCUUCUUUAAAUUACUGGAAAUAGAUCACUUUUCAAAUGUUCUCUUAAGUGCUGGCUAUUUGUAUGUAAUCAGAAAAAAACAUAAAUUCCCAUGGUUUGGCUUCAUCCCUGGUACAAUCAGGUCAUGGUAUUGUGGAUGAUUUAGCAAUAACAUAAUGACAGACAAAACAGGGACUGUUUGUCAGUAUUGCUGUCAUCCCCAAAAGAAAUACUAUGUAUUCUUGUUAAACUUAUUCCAAACUAAGUGAUGCAAAUAUUUAUAAAUAAAAAGAUAUUUGAGUUACGGAUAUUCUCCCUUUUUAUAACAUUAGCCUCAAAUGAAAACAUUUCAUGUUGUACUAUUUUCAUCUUCAUGAGACUGUUUGGAUCCAGUUUCUUAUUACUUGACUCAAAGUUUACUUAUAAAAUCAUUUUCAUUAAUAGAGAAUAGUCACAGAUUUCCAAUUUGUUAAUAAAUAAUAGUGACACAAGUUAUUGUUUUCUUAAUAAAGUUAAUAAAAAAGAAUCAAGAUUGAUGGCCAAGGUUUCCUUGCUGGAAUAAAAUAAUGAAGAGAGGUUAAAUUCUGGCAUCAUAGUACUCCAUUUUGGAUAUUUACUUUUUUCAAAAGAAAAUUUUGAUCAAUAUUUACUGAUUUAUUGCUUUUAAAUACUAAUUAUAAUAUCUCGGAAAUGUAAUAUGUUCUUUGACAAUGCACAUUAUCAAAUAUUUUCUUAGUACUAAUGAAGUAAUUUCUGGCAGUAUGCUGAAUUUGAAAUAAUCCCCAGCUCAGUAUAAUUUGGAAUAUUAAGGUCUUCCUCUCCAAGUUCAUUUUCUUUUUUUGUGUAUGAUUGAAAACAAGAGUAGUUCAAUAAAUUCGAAAAGAAACAUGUAUAAGCAGUCACCCUUAAAAAUAAAAAAUAAAAUAUUUCAUAUUUAAAUGUAUAACAAGGCUUGAUGUUUUUAUUACAGACUGAAUUCAUAGAAUAUAAAUAUUUAUAAAAUCAGUUUAUUCUGCAUUC